UUUUUUUUUUCGCUUUAUCCAGAGCGUACAAGCCGGUCACGACAUCGCCUGGGAUAUUGGUGCCAUCUCUGGAACUAAUACACUGCACCACGAUUGUUAAACCGCAAUCCAGACUCGCCCUUCUUUCUGGUCCACUUACAAUAUACAAUAUCUCUUCUCUGAUAGAAAUUUCCCAAACAGGCAGGUGUUCGUGGUAAUCCGCGCCAUUCGGAUUUAGCAUCACACCAUCCUGUUGUUUGCCGCUCUGUGUUCCAACGCACGCUGGCGGGGGGAUAAAGAGGUUCAAGAUAUAACGGAUUCAAUUAUCUUUUUUCUUUCGUCCUGCUUCUAUUUCAUUUCGCAUGCAUUGGCGAGAUGUUCCACAAAGAUCUUUAAUCUCCUCCCCCCCUCCAUCUACCAAUCCGACCCAAGUUUUCUGGAAGAGAAAAUGACGGGGCCCAUCGAAACAGCAAUAACAACACCGGCGCCGGAAGAUGUUUCCGACGCUGGAAAAUCGCACAAGAAAGCGACGGUGACGGAGGCGCCCGUCGUGCCAGGCGGCGACAAGUCGACAGUCACCUUGCAGCGCGAGGCAAGCGAGGAGGACAGCGCCGGAGAGACUCAGCAUGACGACGACACCGAGUACGUAAAAGGGCAUCCCGUUAUUCGAACCGGCUUCGACGUGUCGAAAUUCCUGAUAUCGCUCCGCGAUGAUGGUGACCCGGCAUUGACGUUCCGCUGCAUAGUCUUGGGGACCAUCUUCACGGCUCUCUCAAGCGUCAUUACUAUGCUUUACAUUUUCAAGCCGUUUAUCGUACAAGUUUCGGCCGUCUUCAUCCAGCUCCUGGUCUUUAUUUUCGGCGAAGCGUGGGCCCUCGCAACUCCUCGCCCGGAACGGUUCAAGUCCAAGUGGGUACAGAAGGUGCUCAGAUUCCUCAACUUUGGCCAGCCAUUCGGGAUCAAAGAGCACGUGGUAGCGUCGCUUAUCGCAUCGUCUGGUAACAAUGGCUUGUCCGGUGUCGAAGUUUAUGCCGUGGAGCGAUUGUUCUACGACAAAGCCGUCUCUGCUUCUACUGCGGUCCUGGCUACCUUCUCCAUGUCACUCUGUGGGUUCGUAUUGGCUGGCGUUCUACGGCCGCUUAUCGUCUACCCCGCGGAGAUGGUUUACUGGUUGACGCUGCCCCAAGUAGUGCUCUUCCAGAAUCUCCAUUUCGAUCGGAUCGCCAACCGCGGCCGCCUCAUCAAGUUUGGCUGGGCUCUUGCAUUUGCUGCCGUCUGGGAAAUAUUCCCGGCAUACAUAAUACCGUGGUUCAGCGGGAUCUCCGUCUUUUGCCUAGCAUCAUUGGGCGCUCCUCAAACGACCCGCACCAUAUUUUCCACCAUUUUUGGAGGAGCCUCUUCCAACGAGGGUCUUGGACUUCUGAACUUCUCGCUGGACUGGCAGUAUAUCCAGAGCCAGUUUUUGUCGCUACCUCUCAAGCAACAGCUCAAUUCCUGGAUCGGGUAUGCCAUCUUGUACUGCGCGCUGCCCGGGCUGUACUACAGCAACACGUGGAACGCGAAGCGUUUUCCUUUCAUGUCGACGGCUCUCUUCUCAGCAAACGGCACCGUAUUCCAUCCAACGACGAUUUUGAACGAGCGUGGUGUUGUGGACGAAGAAAAGCUGAACGAGGUCGGUCUGCCGUACCUGACGUCGAGCACCGUAUGGGGGUAUUUCACCCAGAACGUCGCAAUAGGCGCGCUGAUAACCCACGUUAUCAUAUUCUUCGGUAAAGACAUGAUCACCGCGUGGAAACAGGCACGUAGCAGGACUCAACCCGACAUACAUUACCAAGCGAUGUUAAAAUACAAGGAGGUGCCGCAAUGGUGGUACCUGGUCCUUUUUACUCUCUGCUUUUUCGCUGGAUUAGCUGUGAACAUUAAAGGCGAGACGACACUCCCGGUAUGGGGGUAUAUCAUAUCCCUUAUUCUAGGGUCUUUUAUCGCGCCGUUCUCCUGCGUUCUCUACGGGUUGUACGGAACCGGAGUGGCAACCAACGCGAUCUCCAAAAUGGUCGCCGGCGCCGUGCACCCGGGGCUCCCCCUGGCCAACUUGUACUUCGCCAGCUGGUCGCAUCAGGUCAUCCUCCUCGCCGUAAACUUGGCCAACUGGCUCAAAGUUGGACAGUACACGAAGGUACCCCACCGCAUCAUGUUUUUCACCCAGAUCUACGGGACUCUCCUCGGGGCGGGCUUGAACUACGCCGUGAUGACCAUCAUCGUCAACAGCCAGCGGGAAAUCCUUCUCGACCCGCAGGGGAACAGCGUCUGGAGUGGCUCGGCUGUUCAAAGCUUAAACUCGCAGGCAGUAACGUGGGCGCUGGCGAAGCAGAUGUACGGAGCGGAAGGACGGUAUCUUAUCGUUCCCCUCGGCAUCAUUAUCGGUCUCGCCAUACCGGCCUUCCACUGGGCUUUGAUCAAAGUGAUCCCCCGUCUAAAGGAAUGGCCUAUCAACACGGCGGUGAUUGUCGCCUACAGCGGACUCAACUACUACGGAAACACGUCGUGGCUGUGGUCUUCCAUAGCCGUUGGCGUCUUUUCACAGCUCUGGUUGAGACGUCGGCUACCGGGGAUUUAUAACAAGUACAAUUACCUUAUCGGUGCAGCUUUAGACGGAGGGUCUCAGCUGGUAAUUUUUAUUCUGUCUUUCGCCGUGUUUGGUGCCAGCGGGACGCCUCAUCCGUUCCCAACGUGGUGGGGAAACCCAUCCGGCAACCCAGAUCAUUGUCUUUGAAGUUUGAUAUGCAGUAGUUAGGAGAAUUCAUUUAAUCGCCUGUGUUGAGUAUUAUUUCUUUCGUGUUAUUGUGUUGUCCUUAGCAUUACAGUUCCUAGGUACGGGGCGCUCCCGAUGUGGGGCUAGACUUCGGAGCCGUGACGUAAUUCAGCAGGUGCGAUGCUGUCGCCUGCUUCUAUUCAACCUCACACCUGAGCCAGUAGUAGAGUGAUAUUUAGGUAGGCAUAGCUCCAAAAGUACAAGUUGAAGGCUUUCACCAGUGUUCCGAGUAACAGCUAUACUAAGUAGGACCCGGCUAUCCAGCUCUACAACUAUCCGUAAGAAUACAGCUAAGUUUCUAGCAUAACCUCCUAUACUAUGAUAUAAAUCAAUUUAGUCCAGGUUUAGUACCGAUCUCUAUGACGCGAGUUAUCGGAUGAGUAUGAUACCU